AUGGCGAAAAGUAGCAAUCAGGAACUAAUAGAAUGGGAUGAAGAAAUGCAGACCAACGUCAACAAGGGAUUUUGCAGCCCUGAUGAUGUGCUAAAUCUGUCAGGAGAUCAAAUGGACAAUGUUGAGCUUUCACAACACAGUUCAGGUGGUGAUGACAGCAUCAGUUUUGGUGUCCAUUGUGUGAAUACCUUGGAGGAGAUGAGAGGCAGGGCAUCACAUGAGCAGCACCUCAGUUUAUCCCUUGAGGGUGUGAUGGGUGCCGACCAUCUGAUGAGGACACCUCUGAGCGCGAAGACAGAGGUGGAGCAUGAAAACCUAUUUGAGGACUCUUCUGGUGCUAAACCAGUUAGUUCAUCAGAGCAACAAGGCAGUGUUGGGCACAUUGAAGCAAUUGACUCCAAAGCAGGACCAAUCAUCACCAAACUUGAGCCCGUUCCUGCACAUUCUGUCCUCACUGAGAACUUGAGGACUUUCGGUGAGAACACAAGGGACCAGUUGAAUAACCACGCAAGUUCUUUUUCUGCUUGCCUGCCAGACAAUAUUUUAGAUGGGAUAAAUCUGAACGUAUCAGAGGUUGGACGCAGGGUGUUGUUAACACCUUAUACCCAAAAGGAGCAUGACAACCACACUAUGAAUAAUCUUCAGAGUACUGCUGUAGACCGAAUGUUGUAUGGGUUUGAUUUAACAUGUGAACGAGAUGGUGACCAAUACUCUUCUUUAGACCAGAUGACCUAUGAGUAUGAUGUGACUUGUGGAGAGGAAGAAGUGCAAUACACCUCUCUGGAUCCAGUCUCCUAUAGCUUUGAUGUGUCUUGUGAGGCUGAUGAAGAUUUAAACACUUCAGUAGAUCCAAUGUCAUAUGAAUUUGAGGUUUCUUGUACAAGAGAUGAUGAGGAAAUGGCAUGCUUUAGUCAAAACUCCCUCGACAGUGGCAAAAUUGUAGAUGAUCCGACACCAAGUGUCAGCUGUGAAAAGGCUAUCAGCAAUGUGCACAAUGCUGUCCAGUCAUGGCCGGAUGCAGAGUUCAUUAUUGGCUCACUUGAGCAUUCAAGCAGUGUGGAAAACCCUUUCAGGGUCUUACCUUUAGCAAAUGAAGACAGUUGCAAGAGAGUGGCCGUGACUGAGAUUUCUGUCAAUGUGCCUCGAGACCAAAUGCUGCCAACAAAAGACGUUCAUGAAAGGGAACAAGUUCUGACAAGCUUAGGAAAGGAUUGUAUUCCUGCAGAAAUUAAGGAAUAUCCUGACUACUGUGAAUCAGCACCUGUACACUACCAUGAGUAUCUCAGUACCUCGAAGAACAGGGAACCCAGUCAGUCGGCGAUGGAUGAGCGCUUCAGUGAGCAGCGUGAUGGUGGCAGUGUAGAACCAACCAAUACCUCAGUGACCAAUUACACUCUCAGCCUUUGUCAAGCUGCGUCGUGGGACUGCUCGAGUGCAAUCAGUACAGACUGUGUGGAGGAGCUUUCCCAGUUCUCUGCUAAAUCCUCUGCAGAGCAUGGCAUGGAAUCAUCACGGGCUACCUCAGUUCAGUCAAGCGAAAGGUCAUCAAGCCUUGACGGCUGCGACACGCUUGAUGUUCCAGGCGUGCACGGUGCAGAGAGGCCCUGCCUCACUGCUGGCCAGGUGGUCCCGGCUGUUGAAAGGAAGACCGAGGCGAUUCAGUCAGCAGCCCCUUUGUUUUCUGCCAAUGCACAAUUGCCUGAUGAUAAAGAGAUGCCUCAGGAAAGCACUCCCAGCGCAAACAGGGAAGCCUUGAAUGCAUCUGUGCUGGUCCACACAGGGGUGGAUGUUAGCCCUGCGAGAAGGGAGGAGGUCGCUGGUGCCACCGAUACAUUGUCUUCGGCUGAUGCCUCGAGCCUGGUGUUAGCACAUCCUUUAAACUCAGGGGAACUCUCCAUUCUAACCUCAACUUCAACGGAAACCAUAGGUAAACCAGCGCCAGAGACAUUUCAAGCGGGCAAUCUGAACGUAGCAGAAGGAGGAUUGGGAGCGAGCAAUAGCUCCGACUCAGAAGGAACAUCCAAGGCACUCUGUCCAAUUGCGAACAAAGAGCGAGCUGCCUCUGAAGAGUCAGGAGCAUCAACAGAGCCAGCCUCUUCUCCCAAACCACUGGCUGCAGUCGCAAGCAUAGAGCGAAAACAAGGUUUGGAACAAGUACAUGAUUACUCAGGACUAUCAAACAAAGACAGCAAAAUGACAUACUUGGUUUCAGGGAAGAGAAGUGAAAAUGAGGAGCAAUUUGCCAAAGGGAUAGAAGAAUCUAAGAGCAAGGUGUUGCCAAUAGAAGGCAAAGUAAUCUCCAGAGAGACAUCAGCUUUCAUUGCAGUGGAAUCAGAAGAAGCCCUCAAGCGAAGACUGGACCUUUCAAGUGAACACAGCAAAGUCAGUAAAUACCUGAAUGUCAAUAAAGAUUACAGAGUGGAUUGUGCAAAACCAUCGCUGACACCUGUGGGACUAACGCUGCCUAGUGCCAGUGUGGUGGAGAAAGAGCCCUGUGUGGCGCCAGCUGUAGUAGCAACGAGGAAUCCUGUACCUUCGGGUGAACCAUCUCUUUACACUUGCACAAAGUGCAGCGUUUAUUUCCAGGACAGGGAGUACCUGCGCAGGCACAUGCUGGACCACUUUGACGGGCAGGCCGAGGAGGGAUUCGCAGGGGGUCCUCGCCCGUUCACGUGCCAUGAGUGUGGCCAUGCCUUCUGCAACCUAGCCUCCCUUCGAACGCACCUGAGUCUUCAUCAGGAGCGCAGAGCGAGUUUCAUGGAGGCCUUCCAGGAGCUGGCUGACCCAUGGGGCGAGGGGCAUGGGGCCAGGUGGCAGGGCACAUUUGGGACCAGCCCGGCUAAGUCAUCAGUGGUGCGGGCUGAAGCACAUGCCCACAAAAUGCCUUGUCAGUGCCAUCUCUGCCAUUUCCAGGCAGGCACAAGUGAAGGACUUCAGGAGCACCAGUGGCACAACCAUCCAGGUGGGGUGGAAAAGACCAAGUCUCCGCGCACACCCAGUCUCGGGUUGCCAACACAGGUCAUCAGAACAGACCUGAGGCUGAGCCAGGAGUGUCCUUCCUCCAAGAGAGUGGAGAGUGUGUAUAACGACCAGGUGAAAGUCAGCCAGCAACACAUCCAUCAGCAAAAGUCAGGCUGCCCUCCAACCAGGCCACUCUGGCCUUCUGCUGGCCAAGGAGCUGAGGAUUCAUACAACCAAUCCAGCAACUGUGAGAACUCCCCAAGGUUCCUGCCAUCGAAUAAUCCAGGUGAUGGCAAGCUGGAGAUAGAAUCGUUGCCUUCAACUGCAAGGGGACCUUGUCGUUAUGAAGAUAACCAUCCUCUGAUCUUUGAGGGGAAGCAAAAGAGCAAAACCAUUGAUGCCCCAGAAGUGGAGAUUGCCAAGUUGAAAACUCACUUGGCGUUGGACAUGACAAAGCGGGUUGUGCUACAGAAUACGCAGUUCAAAUCACCAGUGGGCUUGUCCAAUUACACAGGCUUGUGCGAAGGUACAGAGACAAACAUCACCCCCUUACCCAGAGGAGGCUUUGUUCCACAACAAGGAGCUGUCUGUUCUUCUCGCAGCCAGGUUAUGAACAAAAUUGAGUCAGGUGGAGAACAUCAUACCAGUCAAAGAACUGCUCUUACCUACAGGAAAAUUGUAAUAGACCACUUUGCAUCCAGAAUGGGUCCUAGUGGACCUUCAGUCUACAAAGAUGUCAUGAGACUAAAGAUUGAUUCGGAGGAGACUGUGGGAAAUAAAGCCUGCUCUGUUUCAUUUGGUCCACAAGACAGUCAGGAAAUGAAGACCUCAAGCUUGCCAGGUCACCAAAUUCAGAGCUGUGAUAUAACAGCUCUUCCUGCUAAGAAGGGAAGGAUGACUACAGAUCCAACUGCUGCUACUUGCUGGCCUAGAGCAGUAAGAAAACGCACAAAAGAACUGCUAAAGACUAUCAGUUUUCCACAAGAUCUGUCAGUUGACCAACAUCAGCAAUUAGUGAGAAUGACUUCUAUAAUAUUACUUGAUAAAACAGAAAGCAGUUCAGAAUGUGAGUCUGCCUUGGAUGAAAAGGUUUUGGGUUCUUCCAUGGAAUCCAGGGAGGGCCAGUCCCAACGGGAGCCCGGGGAGGACCACUCCCAGCGGGAACCCGAGACGAGCCAGUACCAUCGGGAACCCGGGACGAGCCAGUCCCAACCUGUGGGAAGGCAUUCCCAUCAUGAGCCCAGAGACACCCAGUCUCAACGUCCGCCCAAUUGUGAAGAAAGGGAAUUAGCUUCUUCUGUAGAAGUAGGGUUAGACAAAAGCAUCCUUUGGGAGGUGCCUAGCGAGGAUUUACCACUAGAUCUGAUGAAGAAGUCAAAAGAUCUCUUGAGCAAGAAUUUAUUACGUAUGUUUCCACUGGAAGAAAGAGAAUGUCCCUAUUGUCCAGAUAAAUUCCACACCGGAAUAGGCUUGGCCAAUCAUGUACGAGGGCAUCUUAAACGAGUUGGCAUCAGUUACAACACCCGGCACUUUAUAAGUGCAGAAGAAGUUACAGCAAUUGAAAAGGAAUUCUCAUUACAGAGGCUGAAGAGAAAAGCCUUGCUUCCAUCCUCAGCCCUAAAGAUCCGUGGCAGUGCGGUGGAAAAGUGCAACCUGUGCGGUGCCAGCUUUGACUCGCGGGCGGGGAUGUCGAGCCAUGCCCGCGCCCACUUGAGAGAGCUCGGUGUCAUGUCCUGGAGUGCUACCAGCUCCCCCAUAGACCUGCUCAACGAGCUCCUUCAGGAUCUGGUCCCGUCCAGCCUGGCCGAUGGCCAAGCCAGGCCAGACAGCAGCCCCCGGAAACCUGCCAGCUAUAGGUCAGGAGCCAAGACAGCGUCAGCAACGUCAGAAGGGUCAAACCCCCAUCCAGUUGGGCGACCAUUCGCCUCCGCAAAUAACAGUUCAUCACCACUCAGAAACAAGGUGGUGAUAAUUGAUCCUGAUGAUGAUGAUGAAAUGACGACUCUGGAACUCGAUUUGCCAUCUGGACAUAGUUCUGCAGAACCUGAACUCCAGGAGAAAAAUGGAUUGUUAGGAACUCCAGAUACAAACUUGCAAACAACUUCAGUGCUUCCCAAGCAGUCUCUUCCUAAAAUUACCUUGGUGACCCAAGGAGAGGAUUCACUGCAGUCUAAUAAAUUGCUGAAUUCCUGUCAGUUAUGUGGCACCUGCUUUGAGACUCGUAAAGGAUUGUCAAGUCAUGCACGCUUCCACCUGAGGCAAUUUGGAGUGCCAGACUCAGAAAGCAGUGGCGCCCCGAUCGGUACACUGUAUGAACUGAUGAAAAGAAAAGGGAUACCGAGUGUUUUACCCUCCACUUUGGCUACUGAUAAAUCGCAGAGCUGUUCACCAAAGGACAUGUCUGCUGUAAAACAAGAAACUCCUGGCAAACCACUUGGAGAGGAGUGCCAGGGAGAAACAACACAUGCAGCUAAAUCGCCAAAGUUGACCAUUACCAGUCCACCGAAGGGCCAGUCUCAGGCAGGAUCAUCGACACUCAAGAAAGUGCACCCCAUUUUACCAAAGCCGGUGUCUAGUAAAUCUCCAGAACCCGGAAAAACAGGGCGACCAUUGAUGGAUACUCCUCAGACAUCAGGAGAGCUGAUGUCGAAGAAGCUGUUUUGGACCCCACAAGAUGACAACACACCUUUAAACCUCACAGUAAACAGUGAACACAUAAGCUGUCGGUUGUGUGGUGCCUGCUUUGAAACCCGGAAGGGGCUGUCGAGCCAUUCCCGAGCUCACUUGAGGCACUUUGGAGCGGUGGAUGUGGAUUCUAAAGGAUCUCCGAUUGAAGCUUUAAAUGAAUUCAUUAAGAAAAAAGGAAUUCAGAGUGCUUUGUCAUCCAUGUUGCCAAUAAAGAAAACGCACAGCUACCCUAAGGUGUCUACCCUCAAAGCAGAAAGGACUAAUUUCAAAUUAGGAUCACCUGUCAACAAGAAAACAUCUCUAACAUCCUCUUCGGUGUCACCACAGAAGAAGCUGAAGCAAGUCACUAUGAGUGUGCAUAUGGAAUCUGGGAUUUCUCAGGCUUCGAGACCUAAUAAUGAACUGGCUGCAGAAACCUAUUGGCCAUCUUCACCUAUAAAUCUGUCAAUUGAUUCAGCGCCUAGCAAAGAGACGCGUUGUGAAUUUUGCGGUGAUUACUUUGAGAACCGCAAAGGGCUGUCGAGUCACGCAAGGUCACACCUGAGGCAGUUUGGGGUGACUGAAUGGACAGUUAACGGUUCGCCAAUAGACACAUUGAAGGAGCUUAUGAAAAGGAAAAUGCAUCCUCUCGACUCGCCUCUCACACCUGAGCUCAAAAUGCCCUCAAAGCCAGCAUCAAUGCAGGCCCUGCAGAGUGAACCCUUCUCGCCCUCUCCGGGUAAAUCAUCCAAGUUUAGCCUGACCAUUCCAUCUGUCGGGCAGGUUCCAUCAGGAUCACUAGUGCCGAAAAAGGUUCAGGGGCAAUUUUUCUCCCCGCCACCACUGAAAAAACUGAAGCUGACCCCACUGAAAAAGGUGAAACAGGAGCACUUCACAAUAGAGUAUAAUCCUGAGGAAUCAGCAACCUUGCUGAAGAGCAGCAGUUAUUUAUCCGAACAAAUGUGGUCAUCCAGCGAAGAUACCUCACCUCUUCGUUUAACAGUUGACCAACCCAACAAGGAUGUCCGCUGUGAGUUUUGUGGUGAAUACUUUGAGAAUCGCAAAGGGCUAUCAAGCCAUGCCAGGUCACAUCUGAGGCAGUUUGGUGUGACAGAGUGGACUGUGAAUGGUUCACCAAUUGAUACGUUGAAAGAGCUGAUGAAGAGGAAAGGAAAGCCCGAACCACUUAGCCAUGAGUCAAUGCAGCGGGAGCUUCAACGAGAGCCUGAAAACUACCUGUAUGAGGAGAAGUCAAUUUCUAAGUCAUUGGGUCCGCUUAUUAAGUCAUCUGGCAAGGAGGUGCAGCAAAAGCACCUAACCUCCACCGCAAGAAAAGUAUUAACUUACAUGCCCAGCACCCAACAUGCGACUGGGUCACCACUGGGCAAGAAGAUACCGAUGGGUUUUGUGUCAACUGCACCACUAAAGAAACCCAUGUUAGAUGAUAGAAAUCUGACACCAGAAUUGAAACCCAGCUAUACUCCAGGGUCAGGCUUGUUUAAGCCAAAGGCCACAUGGUCCCCGCAGGAGAAGGUGGCAACAAGUCCAGUAAUAGCCGCAGAUACUUGCUGCGAAUUGUGUGGCCACUACUUUGAAAACCGGAAAGCUUUAGCCAGCCAUGCCAGAGCCCAUCUCAGACAGUUCGGGGUGACUGAAUGGCACAUCAACGGCUCACCGAUAGACACCCUGAGGGAAUGGAUCCGCCAGAAGCCCAACAUUGGCACAGGUGCUUCCCUGAACUGUAUGCAGGACCGCCCUCUUCCAAAACCUAUCAGAAACAAUAUCAAAUCUGUGGUUAAAGAGCUGUCGGGGGAGCUGUGUUCUCUGCCAGGGGGUAAGACGGUGAAGUUGGAGCCAAUGCAGCCCAAAACAGUAGAGCUGGGGUUUCCGGCCUCACCAGUACAGAAGAAUCCAGAGACAGAAAAAAUGCCUCCGACAGAGUGCUACAUCCCCACAGAUCUGAGCCAAGGCAGCAUAACUGAGUGCACCCCGAGCUCCUCUAUGCCAUCUGAGGACGAUGAGCCACAUCCAAAGAAAAAGAGAAAGCACCCAGUCAAGUUAGGAACCUGUGAGUAUUGUGGAGUGACACUAACCACGGGUGUAGGCCUCUCCAACCACAUGCGUGGCCAUCUGAAAUCUGGAUUGAAAAGGAAGUUACCGAGUCUGUCUCAGUUUGAGGAACUCCACGAAAAGGCUGAACCUGCACUCACCGACACAUACUAUGAGCGUAAGCAGCAUAAGCCGGUGGUAUGUACAGAGAACGUGUCACCAAAACGAGAGGAAGGGAAGGAGACAAAAACGUUCAGGCCAAAAUCAGAGGAACCAAGACCUCUCCGAGUGAGACCUGUGAUCUUUCCGGUGCCGAAGCCUGAGCCCAUCUCACUGGUGAAGUUUAUAGGAAACAUCUACACUCUGAAAUGCAGAUUUUGUGAUGUGGAGUUCCAUGGUCCGCUUUCGAUUCAAGAAGAAUGGGUGAGACAUCUGCAGCGACACAUCCUGGACAUGAACUUUCCAAAGACGGAGGCUACCCGCGAAGAGAUCUCUGUGUCUGCUGACAUGGGGAAAUAGGGAAAAUCGACUGCCUAUGUGGAUACUUGGGUACACUGGGGGCAGAGUGUCCAUUGCAGUCUCUCACGAAGACGCACUCGAUAUUAUGUUCUAGUUUUAGUCAAGUUUGGAAAGAAUCUCCUUUGCCUUGAACGUUUAAACCUCUGUAGUAAUAAAAGUAUCUGCCUUAUGGUGAUUUCCUUAGAGUAAUUCUGCAUUUGCCUCAUACAGUUAGAAUGUUAUAAAGAACAACUUAGCCCUGAUUAAUUUCAUACAAUAUAAGAUCAGUUAGGUAGCCCAGUGCACUUCAGGGGGAGUGGCAGUGUUUGAUGAAGGCUGCAUGGCAUUGUAUUUGGCAUUUAUAUAACCUGAAGCAAAAACACUGUUUGCUUGUGAUCUAUUUGGUAUCACUGUCACACUCCCAAGUAAUAGAUCAAUCCCUGCCUUGGGAGACAAGGAGAGAAGGAAAGUACAAGGUGGAUUGAUAAUAAUUAUUUUAAAAUUUUUUCAAUGUUGUGCCACUUUUUUUUAAAACUACAUUGUAGCAAAUCAAACUAUUCAGUGUUUCUCCUUUCAAGGCCAGCAGGGGAAGGGAGCGAAGCCCAUUAAGCAAGCAGCUGCCAUAGUACGGAUCAUUGCAUGAGGGCAGAACCAAGUAACCAUGAGGAGGAGGUUUGGACGUUAUGCAUUCUAUGUACAGUGUGGUUGCACGUCUUCCUGGUCUCAUUCUGGGCAGUGUCACUCGAACCUUGCAGGGCAGAAUUCGAGCUAUACAAGGCUGGUUCAGUAUUAAACAAUGUGCUGUGAAGUACCUAGCCUUUGUUAUGGCGGUUAUUUUGCAUGCUGUCAGACUGUAGUAACCAAACAGAGAUCAGCAGUACAGUACAACACAGAACCCUAAGCGGAAAGUUCACACGUGUGCCAGCAUCUGAAAAAUAGUAGGUUAGGACUCUCAGCACUAAGUAGACAUGUCUGUCUCUAUGCAGCCUACAGAAGGGGAUCUUGUGUUACAGUGAAUACUGUAGAAUGCCCCAGCUUAGCAGGAACAUAGUCCUAUUAGAAAAUGGAAUAGUUGCCACUUAUAUUUCAUGUCCUCAAGGUUUCUUAGACAGCAGUGCUGCAGCUGGUGCACUUUACCAUCAUUCUGGUGCAUAGGUCAAGCCACUUUCUUCUGUGGGGCAGCCGUCAAUGAGCAUAUGGCUAGGGGAGUGGAUGGGUCAGUCUAAAAGAGCCUUAUUCCUCUGACUGAAAGAACUAAAUCUGCAUUUUUUCCAACAUAUUUAUACUCAUCCUUUUGGAUGCUUCCUAAUAUUAGUUGCUGUUUUAAUAUUUGGCAAAGGACCUAUUUGUUUUUAGAAGUGCUUUGGUCACAAAGUGGCAGUACGUCUGCACGUAAAAAUGUAAGUGUAUAGUAAAACUGUAAAGAUGCUUUCUUUCCCUUUUCUUCAUCUUGUAUGUGCUGGAUGGUGGUUGACUUUUAGCAAGUUAUAAAGGCAGGUUUUGUUGUGUUCCCUUUCACAGCUGAGAUCCUCUUGGCAUCUUGUGGUCUGAUGAGCUGAGAGUUAAAGGCUUUGAGAGAUGCCAUUUCAGGGCACUUGGGCCUUGGAGGCCCUGCAGCCUUUGCUGGACUAUCACCCCACCGAUGCCACUUUUGCACCACUGCCUCAGCAAAUUUUGUUGGGGUUACUGUUCCGUCUCUCUAAAUGGCAACACUUCCAAGUGUCCUUCCUGCUGCUGUGAUAACGUAUCGGUCACUAAUUCUCUGCAAACCAGAUAAUGUAGCUGUGGGGAGGAAGGGGAUCUCUCAAGGCUGCUCACAAGGAAGAUGCUCAUCAAAAUUAAAUUCCUCUUCUCUUCCUCCUCCGCUUCCCACCAAAUAAAAAUCCUGUUCGUCUGAGGACCACCUCUUUUUUGGUUUGAAAGCGGGAUACAAAAGGCUGUUGUGUUCUACUGAAGCUGUUCAAUUUAAAUCUUAUUUAAACCUGUGGUCACUUUAUAUUUGCAGUGUUGUGAUGUGAGUCUGUGCAUCUAAUGCAAUUGGACUCCCUGUGACCAAAAAAAAAUCUUGUUACCUGUUUGUUCCUGUGACUGUGUAUUGUUGUAACAUGGAGUGUAAUGAAAUAUACCUUCAUAACCAAAGGUGCUACGAAAUUGGUUGUUUGGUAUCCCAAAAUAAGGUUUGUUUUUGAGAAUGGACUGCCGCGUCAACACGUACAAAAGCUCCUUCGUUGAAUUGGUAGAAGUUCAGACUUUUGUGUCUUGUUUAGAUCUAUUUUCACUAUUCAUUUGGAUGCAUAGAGUUUUAAUUUUGUGCUUUUGAAGUGUAUUAAUGUGACUGUGCUCUAGGAAAGAUUACAUUCAGUGCAUUUUAACGUCAUGUGAUACUGUUAAUUCAUUAUCUAAAAUUGCUACCACUGCCAAAUCUGUCAUUCUUGGUGCUUCUUCCUCGUGUUACAUGCUCCAGCAAAACACUUGGCAUUUGCCCAGGGAAAUGUAACCCAUAAUUGUAGAAUUAGGAACAUCUCACUUCCAGUGGAAGCAGACUCUGAAGAUUUGUUAAUGCUCACCAUUGAGUUUAACUGAGAUCCUAAUAGUUCUGUAAAGUUUGUGUGAAUCAAUCCUGGUUUUGGUUGCUGCUACAUGCCCUUAGAUGCCAAGUGAGUCUGUGUGAUUGUGUAUUUGGAGAGCAUGCAUUUCAGAGUUGGCUACAGUUCUAUACAGGUUCAAAUCUUGAUUGCAUCCCUGGCAUUAAAAAUCUCAAUUAAGCUGCACCUCUCCACAAAUGCAGAGGCAGCAAGCAGACAGGUGCUAUUGGAAACAUCAAAACACACUUCUGGAGUUUUUUUUUAGGUGCCUCUGAUGAGCUGUUUUGCAAAUUCCUAGUAAGGUUUCAGUGGUCAGUCUCUUAACAUGCUGUAGAAAUGACUAGUUCAUGCCUCCAAACUUUAAUGGAAUAUUCAGGGUUGUUGGCAUUGACUGUUAAUACUGUUUUGGGAGAUUAAAGUGUUUGUGCAGGCCACCGCGUAGUGCAAUGGUGAGCCUUGUGAUGAAGUUUAGACGGUGAUGAAGGAAGAUUCUUACAACAAACUUAGAAAGCAAUUGUUCACAGUUGUUUUUCCAAGAGAGGAAUUUUAAAAGCAUAUUUUGGGAAUCUGAAUUCUGUGUAAAGUUUCUUAGAGCAGAAUGGUACCUCUAGAAUUGGUUGAUGUGCUUGUAUUUUGCUGCAAGUUUCUUACUUUAUUGAUGCAGAGGGAACUUCUUAAAAUGCUUACUACUUCUUGUACUAUAAUCUGUUGUUCUCGCAUGUAUUGUUAAAUAUUAUUGAUUCUCAUCUAUGUUUGUAUUUUAACAUUUUUUUUAAUAUAAAUGUUACCACAGUAUGAAUUGGAUUUGCAUCUUGUGUAGCUUUCAAUUUCUUUGUGCUCAUACCAAGAUAUUUCAAAAGUAAAUGUCUGUCAUUUUAGGGUGUUAGUUUUAUACAAUUUCCUCUUGCACCAUCAGUGCUGCCAGUUCAUAUUCUGGCAGAAACUUCUCACUGCAUGGCCUCUGCCCAAAAUGCCUUGCAUAUGAAAGGAAAAUGCACAUUUGUUAAUUUCUUCAUCUCCCCCACUCUCAAUUGUAACAAGUAGAUGUCCGGAUUGGGUUUGUAUGUCAUAGUGAGUAGUGGAAUUGUAUGAUAUGUGGUGGUAGUUUGUGGGUAGAGAGUAAUGUUACAGGGAACUUAGGAAUCAAGCUGCAUUACUAUCAAGCAAGCAGUAGAUAAUUGCUUUUUUUUCAAGUUAUCUAAACACUGACCUGAGAAAUAACUAAGGUAUUGUGUGUGCAAGCAGGAUUCAUCAUAACCCUUGUGAUAAAGAUAAUCAUUGGCAAUAUGCAAUACCUGAGUCAUUGCUUGGUCAGAGAGGGGUUUAAUGAGUGCUUUAAACAAAAGCAAAAGCAGAUUUAGGGAGAAAUUCCAGACAUUGGUGGUAUCAAGCAGCUGAAAGCAUAAUAGCCACCAAUGGUGAGGUGAUCAAAAUCUGGGAACAUUAUCUUUGAGUAAAUUAUUGUAUUCUCUGCUGAACUCAGCCUCUGUUCACAUAAUUUCACUGGGCUCCACAAAAUUGUUUCAUUUUGAAUAUGCCAGCCAUUUACUAUUUCUGAAAACGAAGACGUUCAACCCCAACAAUCCUGUUAAAGCAGAGUGAAUCCCUAAUAGCCUGUAGUGUCUUGCAGGCUAGAAAAAUUUGCAAGUUUAAUUCCCAGUCUCUGUUAAGCAAGUUACUCUUGGUCAGAACUCCAGUUAGGGUUUCUGUUCACAACUGGUGAAAAAUUGGCAUGUUAUUUCAGAUCCUGCAAACAGGAUUUGCUUCAGACAAUGCUCAGUAACUCUCACCUUCUGAAAUCAUGUCUAGCUUCGUCGCAUGCAAUAUUUAAAAUGUAAAACUGGAACUCAAUUACAACUAAUCUGAGCACAUUGAGGGUGGUUGCAAAACAGAACAGAAAUGUUUUGCUGAAUUAGACAACAUUCCUUAUGCAGGCUAUAGAACAUUGCUCUCCCAGUUCAAAUAUUUUCCUAGCCCUCUUAAAUCUCCUGGUUAAUCAGUUAUAGCAGUGGGGUAUUGAGGGUCAUUAAAUUAUCUAAGAUCUGUGCUGAUACUUCGAUGGGGUUGACCUGAAGAAACAUACCUCCUGACAGUUAUCUGAUUAAUUAGUAUUCAUGGGGUCCAUUAGGUUACUCUUUCCUAGGCACAUUGGGAUUUGAGGGCAAACUGAUUCCUCACCAUCUGGAAUAUUUGACGUAUCUUAAGUAAAUGACCCUACAUGGGAAAGUGAAUUCCAAGAUCUUGAGGUUCAAAUGCAUAGCCUAUGAACCUUUACAAUGCAAAGCCUAUACUUUAUUUCUCCCCUACUUUUACUCCAGCUUCUUUCAGUAUCUGCAGUUGCAAAAAUGGUUGGUUUACUGGUAUUUCUUCAUUUAGCUGGACCCUGCAUAUUAUUGCCAACAUGAUGUUAUGUUGAACAGACGUGUGAGGUUAAGCAAUCCAACUCCAUCAGCUUGGAGAUCCCUGGUGUGCAUUCUAAUUUAGAUUUACUAAGGGUUUUUUAAAGCAUUACUUCAUAAAAUUAACAAUUAAUGCUAUUUGUGUUUAUUGGCCAUUGGAUGCUUUAAGUGCUUCCAUUAUAAAGAAAAAAAAUCAUUUGUCUGAACUUCCAGCAGAAGAGUUGUUCUGUCACCUGUAACAUACAUCCAGGUUAAUAUUUAGGGUGUCAAAUUCAGGUUAUUUGGGAAUGUGCACCCUGACUAGCCUGUCAGGUACUUAUAUUAUUUCUUCAAUUCAUCUGCAGAGUAUGAUGAACACAGACAACUUUUGACUUAGAUACCAAUUGCUACAUUGUUAUUUUUAAACCUCUGUCAGUUGUGUGAAAACAAGUUGAAGUGACUUCCAUUUGUGUAACCUGGCAGACAUGUGGCCUGAAAUCUCUCAUUCUCUUGUGUCAAAGGAAACAUCAUUUCACUGGGAAUCAUGGAUUACAAGCUAAACUGAACUUGGAGCCAUUAGCAUGACUUGAUGCAGGGUUCAUGUCAGCCAAGAUAGUGUCUAAAGAAAUGCUGACUGGUUAGAAGUUUCCCUGAUGAACCCUAUUAUUUGAGAAUUGGGGCAUCAAUAGUGAUUUGGUUUCUGCUUAGAGGGGAAUCUGUUUUGCAAAUAAUGUUCAGUAUCAAUUAAUGAAAAUGUCAGUAUGUAAAUAAAGAUUAUUUUCUAAUGAGCAAUUCCCAGUGGUUACAUUUCUUAAGUGUUGAAGCUUUCCUGUAGGUGUGAGAUGCUCAGUCCAUUCUAUUAUUAACCCCAUAGUUUUUUUAAAAUGGUUAAAUCAGCUUUUGUACAAAUUGUAUUUUACAGGCUAAAAGUCACUUUUACUGCAGGAAUUCUAAUUUUUAAAAGUGUUGAGCUGAUGCCAGCUAAGUGAGGUUACUGAGGAAUAAUUGGACAAGCUUUUUGAUAUGGAGCAAGUCCUGCAUAAAAGAUCUCUAAAGUAGAUUUAACAGGUCUAGGCCUGAAAUUAGCUGUUGUAUUUUGAAGAUUUUAGUUCCAGUUUAUUGUAAAACUAGCUUACCUGUGACUCAUGCUUUCCUUAGCUGUAGUACUUAAAACAAUUUGUGGUGAUAAAACAAUUCCAGCAUAGAGAUUAGUUAAGCUCCAAUGUUUGGUAUGUGAACAUGGCUUCAAGCUUGAUUUUUCAAAAAAUCAUGAGCCAGACCAAAAGUGUAAAUGGAGUAGCUGUGGCAAGGAUAUAUCCACAAAUACAGUUUAAAAGGUGGGAUACAGAAACUCCCCAGAUGGUGCAUUCUACACAGCCUAUGCAUUGAAAUUUUUGCCUCUAAUCAUGUGAUUGCUAGAACAUAGCUGUCAAGAAGCUCAUGCAUAUGGUUUGCUUGUGGUAAUUCCUAUAGGUAACAUUUAAUUUUCUUGGCCUCUAGGAGGUGAUGCUUCUCAUUUUAAUUGUUCACAAAUUUCACUAGUCAUUUUGAAGCAGUCUGCAUAAAGAUCUUUCUUUAAUAGUAACGAGCUUUUUCAUUCCCUGGUUGUUGGUUAUCAAUGCCCCAUUAAUCAUUGUUGAAAACAAAUUACUUACUAUCCAAAGCCAACCUUUGGCAGCUAUGGUGAAAUUUGUGUUCAAGCUUGACAUGGAAGCUUCCAAGUUCAUAAUACAAUCUUAACACUACUGCUGCUCAACUUGUCCUUGGAGCUGUGUAGGUUCUGUUGCUGGGGUCAGUAGAACACAAUAAUAAAGAGGUAAACAUUGCAUUUUUAUAAUUUUUUUAAAAAUGUAUACUUGAUUGUGCACAGCUGUAAAGGACUGUAUUUACUGAUAUUUGUACUUGGGAGUUGUUUAUAAAUUUAGAUAAAGCUAAGAUGUAUGCGCAGCCCAAUUUGAGUCAAACUUUUCCACUUUUUUGGUUCUUGAACUAUUGAGGUUAAAUAAACCAAACUGGAAGCUGAUGCCUCAAAACUGUUACUGCUGUACAUGUUACUGAAGGUUGUGUAUCCAUUUAAUCUAAAUAAACUACAAAAACAAA